CCGAGGGUUCUGCAGUCAUAAAAACCCGUGUGGUCUUUGCUCACAGCUUCUUCCUUUCCUCCAAGCUAGUUACUAAACAUCUCACGAUAGUAUUAUGGACAGCAGAGGCUUUGGUUCCGGUUACUCCAGUUGGGGUGGUGGUGGAGGAGGUGGAAGUGGCAGCAGGGAUACUUUUGACCCGUAUGGUGGAGGUUAUAAGUCCUCUGGGCUUGGGGGCUAUGGAGGAGGGGGCCAAAUGAAGCGAGGACUCUCAGGAGCAUCUCUGCUCUCAUCCACAGAUGCACACGCGGACGCCGUCAUUGCUAAGAUUAAUCAGCGUUUAGAUAUGCUCUCCCAGAUGGAAGGGGGGCUUCUUCGGGGUGAAAGGUUUGACCAGUACGAGUCAUUCGACUCGCGCAUCUCUGCUCUCUCCUCCCGAGAUCUCUACAGAUCUGGCGGUGAUAGCUAUGGUUUUGGGGAUGACCAUGGGGACAGCAUGCUGCUGAGUCAGCGAGGAGGCUCAGGCUUCGGAGGGGGAAUUGGGCUAGGGGGAGGGGGAGGCUUUGACGGCCCCUCCUCUUCCUAUGGAGUCGCAAAAAUGCGACAGAAUAUGAGGGAGUCCUUCGCCAGUGGCCAGGGAGGCGGUUCUGGAGGCGGAGGCUGGGCUGGAGCAAGCCGACGACCCCCCAGAAGGGGUGGAAGUGCUGUGGGUCGAGGAGCUGGAGGAGGGUUUGGAAGCCGCAGGCCUGACCCCGCUCCAUUAGGUGGAGGCUUGCGGGGAGCUGGUAGCGGUGGCCCGUCCCACCGUGGCCGCUCUCCAGGAGGUGGUAGAGGCAAGCUCCCAUCCCUCCUGUCCAACCGUGUGUACCCUGAGAGUGCUGGCUUCCAGGGUUCUACUCCAGGGCCUCACAACUUUCCUGGGAGGCAUAUUGGAGGGGGCCCAUGGGGUGGCCGCCCGCGAGGCCGCAAGAGACCCCUCAACAAACAGGUAAAACCUCAGCGUGAUGUUCAGAAGAAGAGAAAAACUGAUGAACCAGAAUCAGUGACGAAGGAGACGGAGGCUGAUGGAUCAGAGACUGCAAAAGCAGAAGAACCAGUAAAAAAUGGUGAUCAGAAAGCAGAGGCCGUCACUGAGGAUGCAAAGCCUCCAGAAGAGGGAGCUACUUCUACGCCCAAGCAGGAGGAGAAGAAGAAACCUCAAGGAAAACAGACUCCAGCUCAGAGUCAGGAGAAGGAGGCGAAGUCAAAAGCAAGAAAGAGGAGUGGAUUCCUGGACAGGAUGAAGUUUGUAUGUUCUGUGUGUAAGCUCCGAACGUUCUACAAAGAAGAAAUGGACGCUCAUCUUGAAAGUCGCUUUCACAAGGACCACUUAAAAUUCCUGGGCACCCACCUGUCCAAGCCCACCUUAGACUUCUUACAGGAGUAUUUGAUGAACAAGAUUAAGAAAACAGUGGAAAGGAUCAGCCACAUGGAAAACCGCACUGCUAUCAUCUGUCAGGCGUACAAAGACCGAGACCUUACCAAGGAGCUCGGCAUGGAGCACUUCGUGAGGAAGGUGGAAGCAGCUCACUGUACUGCGUGCGACAUGUUCAUUCCCAUGCAGCCACACCUGAUUCAGAAGCACAUCAAGUCUCCCGAGCACAACUACAACAGGAAGGGUAUGAUGGUGCAAUCCAACUGGGACAGUCUGUCGGUCGCUCGUAGCAUCCUUAACCACAAAAUCAUCAGCAAGAAGCUGGAGAGCUACCUCAAGGGAGAAAACCCAUUUGCUGAUAACCAGGAUCCAGAGGGUUCUGUUGCAAUGGAUGUGUCAGAGAUGGAGUUAACUGGUGAGACAGCAGGUGAUCAGACAACAGACACCCAAGUCCAAGAUGAACCUAAGGGAGAAGGAGCGGCAGACGGCACACAGGAAGAACCAGCAGCAGAACCACAGGACGAAUCAACAGGAGCAGCAGUUGAGAAGGAGGGGGAAGAAGCUGCAGGAGAGGAGGAGAAGAUGGAGGAAGAAGACCACGAAAUCCUGGGUGCCGAAGGUUUUGCUGUUGGAGAUGAAGAAGAUGAUGAUGAAGGCUAUGUUGUUCAUGAUGCAUUUGGUGAUGAGGGAUUACAGGGUGACCAGGAAGACAACGAAGAAGGUUGUCUUGUGGGGGAUGAUGAAGUGUGACUUUAGUAGCUUUCCUUUUUUAUUUUGACCAGUGGUGUUGUACACCUGUACUGUUCAUUUAAGGGAUAUAAAUGUACAUACCUCCCUGCUAUUUUGAUUUUUUUUUUCUUCCAAUUGGCAAGGAUUUUGAUUUCUCCAUGCUAAGAUUUAAAUGGGAGAAAAUACAUGUUGAAAGAAACACAUAGGACUAAAUGUAUGCAUGAUUGUCUACUAAAACCUUUUAUUUAGAGGUUCUCAGUGGUCUCCUUUUCUAGUCUUAAUUCUCAGUUUUGUUUAGUUUUUUUUUGUGCAACAAAAGUGGAUUUGAUCUAUACUUCUAAACUUUGAGAACUUUGCCAUAUUUCUGAUGUAACAUUUUUGUUCCAAAAAUAUUCCCUGUUCCUUUUUGUGAAAACACUGUUUUGAAUUUCUGUUCGAGAUCCUGAAUGCUAUAUUUCUUCAGUUCUUUCCAGUGUUAUAGCAAAAUAAAAAUGAAUGGAUGAUUUUUCCAAAAUUUAUCCCCCAAAAAUUGCAGCAAGUUGAGCUUUUUAACCUUCCAUUUUCAAAGCAAGGUGGUGGGGGAAGUGUAUGCUAAAUGUUUGGAGUACAGUCAUUUGUUUCACCGAAGAAAUAAACUUGUUAAAUACAA